CGGAGCCUGCAGGUCUGCGAUUCAAACUGCGGCGCGGCGAGCCCGGGAGCCGGCACCGGCGUUGCCCGGCGACUGCUGCCGGUUGGCGAUGGAGCACCGUAUCGUGGGUCCCGGGCCGUACCGGGCCACCAAGCUGUGGAACGAAACGGUGGAGCUAUUUCGUGCCAGGAUGCCCUUACGAAAGCAUCGCUGCCGUUUCAAGACCUACGAGCACUGCUUCACGGCAGCUGAGGCUGUGGACUGGCUGCACGAGCUUCUGAGGAACAGUCAGAACUUUGGGCCUGAGGUAACUCGCAAACAAACGGUGCAGCUGCUAAAGAAAUUCCUGAAGAAUCAUGUGAUUGAAGACAUCAAGGGGAAGUGGGGUCAGGAGGAUUUUGAAGACAACCGGCACCUCUACAGAUUUCCUCCUUCCUCACCCCUGAAGCCAUAUCCAAAGAGGCCCCUGUAUCAAAGAGAUGUCAUUAAAUUUCCAGAGUGGAAUGAUCCCCCACCAGGCACUUCACAAGAGAACAUUCCAGUGAGGCCGAUUGUGAUGAAUUCUGAGAUGUGGUUCAAGCGCCACAGCAUUGCCAUCGGAGAGGUGCCUGCUUGCCGUCUUGUCCACCGAAGACAGCUGACCGAGGCCAACGUGGAAGAGAUCUGGAAGACUACAACAUUACAGCAUUUACAGAAAAUCCUUGGCCUGGAUUCCUUAGAAGAAGUUUUAAACAUCAAACUUGUCAACUCCAAGUUCAUCAUCCAUAACGUGUAUAGCGUCAGCAAGCAGGGAGUCGUCAUCUUGGACGACAAGUCAAAAGAACUUCCUCAUUGGGUCCUGUCAGCCAUGAAGUGUUUGGCAAAUUGGCCCAACUGCUCAGAUUGGAAGCAGCCUAUGUACUUGGGAUUUGAAAAAGAUGUCUUUAAAACAAUAGCGGAUUACUAUGGCCACCUGAAGGAGCCGCUACUCACCUUUCACCUAUUUGAUGCUUUCGUCAGUGUCCUAGGUUUACUGCAGAAAGAGAAAAUGGCAAUUGAAGCAUUUCAGAUUUGUUGCCUCCUUCUGCCCCCCGAGAACAGGAGAAAGCUACAGCUGUUGAUGAGGAUGAUGGCAAGGAUCUGCGUGAACACAGAGAUGCCACCGCUGUGUGAUGGCUUUGGCACCCGUACUCUGAUGGUUCAGACAUUUUCCCGGUGCAUCUUGUGUUCUAAGGAUGAAGUAGACUUAGAUGAGUUGCUAGCUGCUCGCUUGGUGACGUUUCUGAUGGACAAUUACCAGGAGAUUCUGAAGGUUCCUGUGGGCCUGCAGACCUCCAUAGAAGAGCGUGUGGCUCAUCUGCGAAGGGUCCAGAUAAAAUACCCAGGAGCUGAUAUGGAUAUCACCUUGUCUGCGCCUUCCUUUUGCCACCAAAUUAGUCCCGAGGAAUUUGAAUACCAAAGGGCUUACGGCUCUCAGGAGCCCCUGGCAGCCUUGCUGGAAGAAGUCAUCGCAGACGGGAAACUCUCCAACAAGGAAAAGAAGAAGAAGCUGAAGCAGUUUCAGAAAUCUUACCCUGAAGUCUACCAGGAGCGAUUUCCUACACCAGAAAGCGAAGCACUUCUCUUCCCUGAAAAACCCAAGCCCAAACCGCAGCUGUUCAUGUGGGCGCUGAGGAACCCUUUCCAGCCCUUUCAGAGGACGAGAAGCUUCCGGAUGUGAUGCGCUGACGGAGUUUCAGAGACUUCAGUGGUAGAGACGGUUCUGAGUCAGUCAAGGCUGAAGAAUGCCAAGUCACAAGCAGCGUUCCAGAGAUUCCGUCA